UGCUGAAGGGCUGAAGCCCGGCGGCUGCGGCAGGCACUACAGAUUAACCAUUUCUUGAUGCUGCGAUGCCCCUUGGAAACUUCUGAGCAGCAGGAAGCACCCUGAGCGUCAUUCGGCAGCUCAGGGCCCAGGAGCGCUCUCCAAACGCUGUUUUUAACGCCAGACAAGGGGUCUGACCUCCAUCCCACCCUCACCCUGCCAGAUACCCGAGGCGACUCCAAUCCCAUCCGGGCUGCGGGACCCGCGGAGGCGGUGCCGGUGCCUGCCGGGCACUCCUCCCUUCCCCCCCCUCUCCCCGGUUCUAGGGGCGGCUCCGUCCCUCCCCGCAGCGCCUCUGCGCGGCAGCGGGGCCCGGCGGGGCGAGGGUGCGCGGAGCCCGCAGGAGCAGCAGCAGGAGCAGGAACGGGAGGUGGCGGCAGGGGGGCUGCGAUGCUGCCGGCUGAGCAACCCCCCCGGAGCCGCCCCCGGGCGAGGGUAGCCCUGGUUCCUUGAGAUCUCACCAGAUAUUGCCUGCUUGUGGUAAACCAUGGCAGCUGAUGAUAAGGUUGCCAUCCUCACUGACGAUGAAGAAGAACAGAAGAGGAAGUAUGUGCUUGCUGAUCCUUUCAAUGGCAUCUCCAAGGAUCAAGAGUUGCCACCCCAGAAUGAAUCCCCUUCAACAGAGACCACCACAGUCCCAGAGGAAGAGCUGGACUGGUUGGAGAAGCACUGCGUCAAAAUAAACAACGACCUUCUCAUCUCAAAGGUCUUUUAUUUUUUCUUCUAUUCUGCAUAUGGCUCUCUCUACCCCUUGCUGCCUGUGUAUUACAAGCAGCUGGGUAUGACCCCCAGUCAGAGUGGACUUCUGGUGGGCAUCAGGUACUUUAUUGAGUUUUGCAGUGCUCCCUUCUGGGGAGUGGUGGCCGAUCGCUUCAAGAAAGGGAAGAUCGUCCUCCUCUUCUCUCUUUUAUGCUGGGUUUUAUUUAACCUGGGGAUUGGGUUUAUUAGACCAGCCACCUUAAGAUGUGUACCAAAGGGCCCUCCCCCAGCACAUCCCACCAAUGCAAGCAGCCUUUUAACAACAGUUUUGCAAAACUCCUCCACAUCUCUUCCUCUGACCACGGCGAGCGCUGCGCCCCCGAAAGUUCGCGGGAAGAGAGAUCUGCUGCCAUCCAGUCCAGUCCCUUUGGAAGCAACAGGGACAGCUAAUCCUGAAACAGCAUUCCUGUUACCUACACAGAGCAGCCUUGUGGAGUUUGUCUUGGAAAACAGCACCCAUUUGAUUUUGAAGAACACCACCCCUAGCCCAGCCUCAGCAGGGAACGUGACACCAAGUACCACUCCAGCUGCCGUCACCACGAAGCCAAUGCCUUCUGACCAAGCUGUCCUGGUUUAUGAUCAAGAAGAGGUAGAAGCCAUCUUUCUACUCAUUCUGCUGGUAGUCAUAAUAGGAGAAUUUUUCAGUGCUUCCUCUGUUACUAUUGUGGACACAGUGACACUGCAGUACCUUGGCAAGCAUAGGGACCGGUAUGGAUUGCAGCGGAUGUGGGGGUCUCUGGGCUGGGGGCUGGCCAUGCUCUCUGUGGGGAUUGGCAUUGACUAUACCCAUACAGAAGUUGGUGUUGAAGGUCAAGGAUGUAAAGCUCCUGAGUACAAGAACUACAGGAUAGUUUUCAUCGUUUUUGGUGUCCUGAUGACAAUGGCAUUAAUCGUGGCCACGCAGUUUCGGUUCCAUUACGCGCACUUCAAGCAAGAUGAAAACAAGAGAAAAGAGGCUGAAAUCUCACAGGUGGACAGAGGGGCCUCCAGUGAAUCCUCUGAUAACACUCCUACCAGCAUGAGCCAGUCACAGUCCUUCAGUUUUUGGGACCUAAUAAAACUGCUGUGUAGCAUCCAGUAUGGCUCAGUGCUCUUCGUGGCUUGGUUCAUGGGGUUUGGGUAUGGCUUUGUGUUCACCUUUCUCUACUGGCACUUGGAAGACCUGAAUGGCACCACCACUCUCUUUGGAGUUUGUUCUGUGCUCAGUCACGUGUCUGAGCUGACUGCCUAUUUCUUCAGCCACAAAUUGAUUGAACUGGUUGGUCAUAUCAGAGUGCUUUAUAUUGGUCUUGCCUGUAAUACAGCUCGAUAUAUUUACAUCUCUUAUCUGGAAAAUGCCUGGACUGUUCUUCCCAUGGAGGUACUGCAAGGUGUCACACAUGCAGCUAUAUGGGCAGCUUGCAUUUCGUACCUCAGCGCUGCGGUGCCGCCGGAGCUGAGGACGUCAGCCCAGGGAAUCCUCCAAGGUCUCCACUUGGGUCUGGGCAGAGGAUGUGGAGCUAUGGUUGGAGGGGUUUUGGUCAAUUACUUUGGUCCUGCUGCCACAUUCAGAGGAAUAGGGAUGGCUUGUUUAGUGAUCCUCCUUCUGUUUGCACUCAUCCAGUGGCUGUUGGUUCCUGAUGAAGAAGAAGAGAAGACGAUGCUGGCAGAAAGGAUCCCAGUGCCUUCCAGUCCUGUUCCCAUAGCAACCAUUGACCUUGUGCAGCAGCAAUCAGAGGAUGUCAUGCCUCGGACUGAGCCCAGGCUCCCUCUGAAGAAAACUAAACACCAAGAAGAGCAAGAGGAUGUCAACAAGCCUGCCUGGGGCAUCAGCUCUUCUCCUUGGGUCACCUUAGCAUAUGCUGUCUACCAGAUAAAAGAGAUGGUUAAACUAUCCAAAACCCAUCCAAUUCCUGAGAAUCAGCCUUUGCAGAAAACCAGUGAGAACUGCAGUGCUUCAUCAGCCAGCUCAGCAAGUCCUCCCCAAAAUCUGACAGACUGUGGGCAGCCCAGGAGUUGUUCAGCACCACCACCUCCAGCAACACCAGAUUCCCAAGUAGACGGCGAGCGCGUUGUGUCGGAUCACGAUGCUCAGCCUGCUGCAGCCAGGCCCUGAGAUGCCUUCAUCUUAACAAAUCCAGUGCAUGGAAUUCUGCUUCUCACCUGGGAAAUGCUGGAGUAGGAGCUCAAAAGUAGGACUUUCUUCAUCCUAAUGAUCAUAAUGCGAUGCAGUGCAAGCUUUUAACUAUAUAAAGAAUAUUCGUAUGACUUCGCGGAACAGCAUGAGCAGGGAAGCCAAAAGUCUGGAAUUCUUGAAGAAAAUUAUGAGGCCGGAUCUAAGGGUAGGAGAAGUUCUUGGCUGCUCUGCUAAAGCUGAGUCAAGUGCUAUGAGAUUUCUUUGCAAUCUGUAGGAGAAGGGAGUUUGCUCUUCACUUGUUGAGGCACAGAGCGUCUGACUCAAUAGGGGAAUUUUCUGCUUUGAGUUUGUUCCUUAGGCAAAAGGAAAAGACUUUUUAGGAGAAAAGCUGAGUUUCCCUGCAUAGUCUAUUAGAAAAUACCAGAUCCAGUAAAUAUAGGAACAGCAUGAAACUGUCUCUGUAAAGAUUUCUCAGAAACAGAUUCACUUUAGCAAGCCUACCUUCAUGUUAUGACGAUGGAUUAAGUAAAGUACAUAUUCAAAGAAUAUGUUUUUGAAGCUAAUGUUAUCUUGUUUGAGAUAAAGGUUUAGUUCUGAACAGAAAAGGUUUUGAGCUGGUGUUUUAGUCAAACAAAACAAAACAAGAGCUGGAGGAAGGCUUCUGAAGAAGUUAACCUCUGUGCUUGCAGCCCUUCAUUUGGGCGCAGGUUGUGUGCGUUUGGGUAAUUUUAGGUUUGAUGCUGUAUUGAGACAAGUGUCUGAUCAAGAUUGCACAACCUGAGAGUGAUCAGGAGUUUUCAGUGGACACACUGUCUUUUUGGGUUUUUAUUUCCUCAUCUAUACAAUGGUUUAUUUAAUGCAGUGUAGUUAAUGUAGUUAUUUAUUGAGAAAACGGUAAGCUUUAAGUGCCUAGGGAAGGUGGGGGGAUAGGGAAGAAUCACAGAAAAUCUUUAAGGAUUAGGAUUCUAGGGGCAAAGCUGCUGAUGCAGAAAUCAAGAAGAGUGAGAGAUUCUCAGGAGGAAGCUGUAUUUAAAUUGCAGGAUGCUUAGGAAAUGGCUUUGCCCAUUGUGCAGACACUGGAGGAUUUGGUGUUCGUUUUGUUACGCUUCCCAGUAUCGGCUGCAGCCAACUCGCCUGCUGGUGCUGCUGCUGGAGGGAUAUCCUCGGGCUCCAGGAGGAGCCUGGGGGGUUCAGGCAGGAGAGUGUUUUGGCCCAUUUGCUCCUGUUAACAGCUUGUUCCUGGGAGACUGACUGCUCAGCUCCUACAGGGCUGAGGUCUGCUCAGCUCUCCCUGAAAUUAGAUGUGUGUGGGGUGUCCGGCCUCCCGUGGGAGGGGGUGAGCUCUGGGACUUGUGCAGCCGCCCUGAGGCAAGAUGAAGAAGAGCACAGGGGUAGAGGAGAGGAAGGUGGCAGCAGCUAAGCAGGAAAUGCAGUUUUUUUGACUGAAGAGGUGUCCCAUAGCUGUGCUUUAGCUGUGCUUCUAGAACAACCCAUGCUCCGGUGGUGCCUGGGACCAACACCAUAGACAGUAACAAGAAACAUCAACGACGAGCCACUAGUUACUUUUUUUGCACUUGAACUUAAAUGUACUGUACUCACAUAAAUCCUCAUGACUUGUCUAAGUGUCCUUUUAAAUCAGAAAUGUAUUUAUUGUAUGUUUGUAUAACUCGGGGGGGGAGGUAAAGACUGAACAGGUGACAGGACAGAAGGAUGCUAAAAAUCAUCUUGAGGCAAACCAACCAUUUGUUGAGUUCCUGCUGUAUGGUGUUACCUCAGCUGCUACUGCAUAGCACCUGGAUUGUGAGGUGAAGAGCUUGCACACUGUGUUUACACUUCAGAAUCGUGUAUUUGAGAUGCCUGCUCUUUUUGGAAUUGUAUAGUCAGUCUGUGUUGCAAAAUGGACAUGUACACCUGGGUUUUGAUAUUUGUGAAACUGUAAAAACUGUGGUAAGAAAUAUAAAAUAUCCAUAAUGUACUUAAUAG